UAUGGUAACCCUCAAAUUCAAUAUGGCCGAUUUUUACCGGUCAGUUAUUGUGUUUUGAUAUUAAUUAAUAAAUUGCAUGAAAAGAUAAAAAAGGAGCAUAGUCAUUUGUUCAUAAAUAAUAAAUUUUAGCAUAUUUUGAUUUAAUCAAUAAUUAUGGAAGCACUUAUACCAGUUAUUAACAAAUUACAAGACGUUUUCAAUACUGUUGGAGCUGAUGCCAUUCAAUUACCUCAAAUUGUCGUGUUGGGAACCCAGAGUUCUGGUAAGAGUUCCGUUAUAGAAAGUCUUGUUGGAAAAUCUUUCUUGCCUCGGGGACCUGGAAUUGUAACACGCCGUCCUCUUAUUCUUCAAUUAGUAUACAGCCCAAAAGAAAGCAAGGAACAUCGGUCAGCUGAAGAAGGUACAAUCAAUUUGGAAGAAUGGGGCAAAUUUCUGCAUACCAAGGAGAAAAUUUACACAGAUUUCGAUCAAAUAAGACAAGAAAUAGAAAGAGAGACGGACCGCAUGGCUGGAAGCAACAAAGGAAUUUGUCCAGAACCGAUCAAUUUAAAGAUAUAUUCAACCAAAGUUGUGAAUCUUACACUUGUAGAUUUGCCUGGCAUCACAAAGGUACCAAUAGGUGAUCAACCGGAGGAUAUUGAGAAUCAAAUCAGAAAUCUCAUAAUAAAACACAUAGCUAAUCCAAAUUCAAUAAUACUUGCUGUAACAGCCGCAAAUACUGAUAUGGCUACAAGUGAAGCCAUAAAGAUGGCUAAAGAAGUUGAUCCAGAUGGAAGACGAACUUUGGCUGUGGUUACUAAGUUAGACUUGAUGGACGCAGGAACUGACGCUAUAGACAUUCUGUGUGGGCGUGUGAUACCAGUGAAACUGGGAAUUAUUGGUGUUGUCAAUAGAUCACAGCAAGAUAUCAUUGAUAAGAAAACUAUUACGGAUUCAUUGAAAGAUGAAGCUACCUACCUCCAAAGAAAGUAUCCUACUAUUGCAACUCGGAACGGCACGCCGUAUUUGGCGAAGACCUUAAAUAGGCUGUUAAUGCACCAUAUACGGGACUGUUUACCGGAACUGAAGGUUAGAGUAAAUGUGAUGAUAUCUCAAUUCCAAUCUCUUCUCAACUCAUAUGGAGAAGACGUAUCAGACAAGUCCCAGACUCUGCUACAAAUUAUCACCAAGUUUGCGAGUGCAUAUUGCUCCACUAUCGAGGGUACUGCGAGAAAUAUUGAAACAACUGAACUGUGUGGUGGUGCUAGAAUAUGCUAUAUUUUCCAUGAAACCUUUGGACGCACUUUGGAUUCCAUUCAUCCGUUAGUUGGUUUAUCUCGUAUGGAUAUUCUAACUGCGAUACGUAACGCGACCGGCCCUCGACCGGCGCUGUUUGUGCCUGAAGUGUCAUUCGAAUUGCUAGUCAAGAGGCAGAUAAGGAGAUUAGAAGAUCCUUCUUUGCGUUGUGUUGAAUUGGUGCACGAGGAGAUGCAGCGCAUCGUGCAGCACUGCGGCACGGAGGUGCAGCAGGAGAUGCUGCGGUUCCCGCGGCUGCACCAGCGCAUCGUGGACGUGGUCACGCAGCUGCUGCGCACGCGCCUGCCCGCCACCAACUCUAUGGUGAGCGCCGUGUGUGUGUGUGUCUGUGUGCACUGCGGCACGGAGGUGCAGCAGGAGAUGCUGCGGUUCCCGCGGCUGCACCAGCGCAUCGUGGACGUGGUCACGCAGCUGCUGCGCACGCGCCUGCCCGCCACCAACUCUAUGGUGGAGAAUUUAGUGGCGAUCGAGCUGGCGUAUAUCAACACGAAGCACCCGGACUUCCACCGCGAGGCCGCACUCGUGUCGGGUCUGCUGAAGAGCACGGACGGGCUGGACGACCGCAGGCCGCUGAGACCUGCACCCUCACCGGUACACGCCGUUGUUAAACAAUUUCUUCGACAAAUGGGUGAAAGAGGGUCCACUCUGGUAUACCUAGCGAAUAUAUGGGAGAACUACUCUCAGCAAGUGCCCGCGAUCACUGACGGCCACGAGAACAGAUCGCCGCAGUCGCGCGAAUCGCCUAACACGCCGCAGAUGAACGGAAGCCCCGAGAACAAAGCGCUGACUCCACAAAAGCCAGUGAAUUUGCUGCCCGAAGUGCCGAGCCACACUUCACGAAAACUCUCUGAUAGAGAACAGCAUGAUUGCGAUGUUAUUGGUGGACGGAGCGAGAAUGGAACUUGUCAAAAAGCUAAUCAAAAGACAAUAGACGGGAUCAGUAUGAUGCAUUUGAAUCAUAUGGGUGAUUUAGUCGAGAAACUGAUCAAAUCGUACUUCUACAUAGUGCGUAAAUCGAUACAAGACUCAGUGCCCAAGGCGGUGAUGCACUUCCUAGUGAACUAUGUGAAAGAUAACUUGCAGUCGGAGUUAGUGACUCACUUGUACAAGUCGGACCAAGCGGAGAGUCUGCUCAAUGAGAGUGAGCACAUCGCGCAGAGGAGGAAGGAGGCGGCUGAUAUGCUUAAGGCUCUGCAGCGCGCCGGGCAAAUCAUAAGCGAGAUCCGAGAGACACACAUGUGGUGAUGUUCCUCGCGAGACGACUCUAGUCUGUGAAUUAGUGAAUUUGUACUGUACAUACUCGUGUAGCGUAGGCGAAUUAUGUGCGUUAGGCGUUAUUUACUUAUAUCCCCUUUGUUCUUGCUUGUUUCUGACGUUAUGGGCGCGUACAAACUUGGAAAAAGAAAAAAUAUAUUUGAUUUUUAAUGAUCAAUGUGAUCUAUGCAUGUAUGAAAUUUGUCCCAAAGAUAAAAUGGAUUGAUUGUUCGAUUUAUGAUUAAAAUAAAUAUUUAAUGUUAAAUAUUUUCAUGCUUAUACAAUAACGAAAAAUGAAAUAGACUAUAGAAAUAUAUUAAUAAUUGAAAAUAAUUAAAUUUAUGUUCAAGAGUUUUUUUUUUUCUUGUUUGUAAGCGCCUUUUGACACAUGACAGUUAUUUGGAAAUUCGUCAGGAAAAUAGGAACGAAGCUAAUAAUAUUAGUUAGCUGUUACACUUGAUUCUUGUUUCAUUAAUGGAAUAAUUUACGUUACGAUUUUAGAGAGUUGAGAAUGAAUUAGGAAUUUAGUUUUUUAUUGUUUAUGCAUUAAUUUUACUAACGCGGCAUCUGCACUCGUGUAUUUUAUAUAAACAAAGGUAGUUUGUAACAUAAGACAGUUUAGUCUUAAUAUUUGCAUCAAGUGCAAAAUAUUAAAUUGUUUAGCUACUAUAAUUAUAAUGACGCUUUUCGAAAUCAGUCCUAUUCAAAUAACCUUUUGAUUUCGUUAAAAGGUUAUAUGCUUUUGUACUUAGUCGGAUUUUGCAUGCAAGAAAGAUUCAUGACUAUCAUUAUAUUAUUAAAAUAAAUGAAAUGUUAAUGGGACUGAUUUGUUCAUUAUUUUCUCAAUGUGCACAAACAACCUAGUUACUUCAGUUACCAUUUCGCUUGUAGUGUAUUUUAAACGCUUUUAAGGUAAUUUACGUAUCAAGUGUAACAUUAUUACAUUGUAGUGAAAAACAGUGAUAUUAUUUAGGAUUCUUAUGCCCCUUCCAAAGCGGUAGAAUUUGUUGGGUAUUUUUUUUUUACAUGAAUGUUCGGUUAAUGGAAUUGUGUUAACUGUUCGAUUGUUGUGUUUGUUCUUAAAAUUAUGAGUGAAUUAUAAAUUGAUUGCAAACAGGGCUCUUGGUAUUGUAGAGUAGAUACUCGUUUUGUCUUUCAUAUAUUGGCUAUUUUUAGACUUACAGUAUGUUUUAAUAAUAAUGGAGUUCCUUUAUACAUAAUGCAUGUUUGAAGUCAUACUUGUGUCAUUGUCGAAACGAAAUGUAUUUACGAUAUUGCAAAUAUAAUUUUUAUCUUCAAAUUAGAUUAGUAUUCCAAUGUUAUGCGAUAUAUUUAUUGUUAUAGUCCGCAGUGUGAUGCUAUGUGUACCGAAACCAAUUGAAUGUUACGCAACGUAAGAUUGUAUUUGAAAGUCUGUUAUAAAUUAAAUAGAAUAUUGUCACCUUUA